AUGCAGUCUCAGGCCACACAAGCCGACGCCGAUGCAGGCGCAACUCAAACCCUCGAUUCGCGCGAAGCCGUAGAACCGAAGCAAUCCGAUGCAGUAUCUGAUCUACUAGCCGUAGAGGGCGAGGCCGACUUACUCGGUGCCCUUGAAGGGAAACCCACAGCGGCUACGCCGCAGACGGCCGCAGAAGCCGUGCCUCGUCCCGACGGCGUGGAGGACGGUGCUAAGCUAUCUCCCGAAGGUUCUCAGCCCGUUUCCCACGACGCCAAUAAUUUCUAUGCUACGGAGAGUACUCCAUGCGCAGUUGAUCAGCCUUCUCAAGAUGCGGUCGAAGAUACGCACGACGAUGAGCUUGCGCGAAUCCGGAGCCUCGUAUCCCAGGCAAUGGAUCUGUGCUCGAAAGCAAUUGAAGGGAUUGAGCAGCUGCGGGCGACGUCGCCAAGGCCGCACAUGCUCCGUCCCCCACCGUCUCCCGCCGGGGCGUCCUCGAGUCCUUCUCCUUUCAUGUUGAUGCUCGGCUACCGCAGUCCUGCUAUUUCCACUCUAGACGAUCAAGGAACAGAUGUAGGGCAAAACGACUACACGAGAGUUCUCCCACCGCUCGCCGGUCUUUCGUCGACAUUUAGCCGGCGCACGCCUUCCCCCGUCACACCGCCAAUGCUCGUCGCUCGGGUGGAGGGUGAUCUAGACACGCUGGCCUCUGACGACGCGUAG